AUUUUUCCAGAUUUGCCCAUGGUUGCUAGGGGAAGUGACGUCAGCUCCGUCAAUCAGUUUUCAUAGUGGAGGAGAGGAACUCAGUGUUCUGAAGCUACGUACGGACCGGGCUGAAAUCUGUCAGAAAAAUCCGUCUCCAUCCUUACGUUUUGGGUCACAAUGGCCCAUCUGACACGCAGAACAUAAACUAGACGCUUCCCUUGACUGGAUCACAUCGAUAUUGUAGCUGUGCGCUGCUCAGAAAGAUAUAAAAGGAAUGGUGAAAUUUGUACUGUCAGAGAGGGAAGUGGGAUUGUGGAGGUGAAGGGGACUGUAAAUUCAGGGGGGGUUGUGAACCGUUCAGUGAAGGCGGAAUAUUCACCGAGGAAACGUCAACAAACAGGUGAAACGCUUAACUUUUAUGAAAAAAAGCAAACUGCAAAGUGAGGCAACAGACGCAACGUUAGCUUACAAGAGAAAUGGAGCUACGAGUUGGGAACCGAUAUAGACUGGGCAGAAAAAUCGGAAGUGGGUCUUUCGGGGACAUCUAUUUGGGCACAGACAUUUCAGUGGGUGAGGAGGUUGCAAUUAAAUUGGAAUGUGUGAAGACCAAGCACCCCCAGCUCCACAUCGAGAGCAAGAUCUACAAGAUGAUGCAAGGAGGAGUGGGGAUUCCAACAAUAAAAUGGUGUGGAGCAGAAGGCGACUACAACGUGAUGGUGAUGGAGCUGCUGGGCCCCAGCCUGGAGGAUCUCUUCAACUUUUGCUCUCGCAAGUUCAGCCUCAAGACGGUCCUGCUGCUCGCCGAUCAAAUGAUCAGCCGCAUUGAAUACAUUCACUCCAAGAACUUCAUCCACAGAGAUGUGAAGCCCGAUAACUUCCUGAUGGGACUGGGCAAAAAGGGAAACCUGGUCUACAUAAUCGACUUUGGCCUGGCUAAAAAGUAUCGCGACGCUCGCACACACCAGCAUAUCCCCUAUCGUGAGAACAAGAAUCUGACUGGCACUGCCCGAUAUGCCUCAAUCAACACACAUCUUGGAAUUGAGCAGUCAAGGCGCGAUGACCUGGAGUCCUUGGGCUAUGUUCUCAUGUAUUUUAAUCUGGGAUCACUGCCUUGGCAAGGCCUCAAGGCUGCUACCAAGAGGCAGAAGUAUGAACGGAUAAGCGAGAAGAAAAUGUCCACCCCUAUUGAGGUGCUUUGCAAGGGAUAUCCAUCCGAGUUUGCAACAUACCUGAAUUUCUGCCGCUCGCUGCGUUUCGAUGACAAGCCAGACUACUCGUACUUACGGCAGCUCUUCAGGAACUUGUUUCACAGACAAGGCUUCUCUUAUGACUACGUAUUUGACUGGAACAUGCUUAAGUUUGGAGCCAAUCGUGCUGCAGAGGAAGCAGAGAGAGAUCGCAGAGACCGGGAAGAUAGGCUGAGACAUGGCAGGAACCCGGGUGCCAGAGGAGUGCCUGCUGUAUCAGGAAGACCAAGAGGAACGCAGGAGGGAGCACCGCCUACCCCACUAACACCCACAUCACACACUGCAAACACAUCUCCUCGACAAGUGUCUGGUAUGGAGCGUGAGCGCAAGGUGAGCAUGCGACUGCACCGCGGUGCUCCUGUCAACGUAUCAUCCUCAGAUUUAACAGGACGGCAGGACACCUCCCGCAUGUCCACCUCUCAGAAUAGCAUUCCCUACGAGCAUCACGCUACCAAGUAGACGCUCGCCACGUCCUUGUGUGACGGCGGCAACACUGGAUGGCGCCUGGUGCACUGCCUGCAGGUCACCAUCUUCUCACUCCUCGAUGAGCCCCCCCCUCCUCCCCACAGAGUAACUUGGCAGACCAAGCCCUGCUUACUUGGAAGCAAUCUGACACACCAAUACUAUCACUGUUAAGUACUACUACUACUACUACAGCCACCAUUGGGAGUGAGCUUGUGACCCGGCACAAAUUUGACUUGACUGACUGUACACCCUCCAUUCUUUUUCCAGUCCUGUGUUGGUCUUGUCUUUUUUUUUUCUUUUUUUUUUAAACAAAUGCCAACAUGUCAGACCCCAGAACUUUUCUGUCCACUCGUCCAGGAGAUAUUUGCACAACCCUCCAUUCACACUUCCCCCCCCCACCCCUACCACCAAACUCCAGAUGGGCAUUGUAUUGUCCAGGGAACGCAUGGUCACCCAGCUAUUUUUCUGGGUCACUGACUGAUUAUACAGCUACUGUGGAAGAACUCUCUUCUGGUGUCUACAUUUCCACUGUCAGUGAUUUACUAGUUUAUACUAGAUCAUAAAUCUGCAUUUUUGUUAUUAUUUUAUUUGUAUUAGGCUCUAUUAAGCCAAACCAGUUGCUCUUUAUCUUCUUCAUCUAUGGAUAGUUUUGUGGUCUGUGCUGCUUUUCAUUGAUAUUUGCAUUUCUUUUGUCCCCCCCAUUUAAUUUCCUUCCAUCUUUUUUAAAAUACUAACCACCACUGACGGCAGCAACUCUAUAGCCAUUUGUAAGAAACAAAAAGAAGCUUCUUCUUUGCAUGUUUUAGAGGUAAGCCUUCACACUCAGGUCUGGAGGCCUUGAGUGCUAGCCGAACCCAUGAACAUACCAAAAAUCUGCUUUGGUAUUAUGGAUGCAGGAGGUUGUUUUCACCCAUGAGGUGGUAACUCCAGACGCUGGUUUACUGUCCAAUAAGCACUGGUCUCUCUCUCUCUUUCCGAGGUACUUCACAUACGAAUUAGGGACACGGACGUCAAUUGACACAAAACAUGUCCUUUCACUGUACACAGAAACAUUUUCCUUUUUGUUUUAUUUUUGAAGCUGUGAAGUACUUGUUAUACUGAUGUAAAUGAUUUCUCAUGUUUUUUUGUUUUAAGUGUAAAGAUUGGGUUUGACCACAGCUACCGCUCUUCAGAACGAGAGCAGUAGCGAUCCUGUUACCUGUGUUGCAAACCGCAGCACUUCAUAGGCAUUGUGUUAAUCCCCUUAACACGGUGUGCGGAUCCUCUUAAUAUAAAUGGUCACAGAAACCUGGAGAGCAAAGCUCAGCUUCACCAUUUUUGCAAGCUUCUCCAGCAGCAGUGAUUUUGAUGGGGUUAUGUUUGGCUGGACUUGUUUGAUACUGGCUGUAAUAAACAACAAUGUCCCGUCUGUCUGAAUGAAGUGGCCCAUUGUAAUUUCUCCUGGCUGCUGCUCAUUCCACAGUAGUUGAUCUGGAACUUUGAUCUCUAACAGCCAUUCUAAACCCAUUGUACUGCGUGAGAAAC